UGUAGUCAUACAACGCGACUAGGUGUGUAUGGUCCAGUAGUUGUGAAAAUAUACAGGACCUAAGAUUCAGUUGACCAACAGAAGAAAAGAAAAUGAAUAUAGUAAUUCUUCUAUUUUCUUUGUGCAUCUUCCAGUGUAAUGCAGACAAUUUCUUUGGGAACACGGACAUGAAAGAAAACUGGAUAGCGAGACUUUACAAGGACAAACUUCAAAAUUACAGCAAGGCCUCAAGACCUAUCCUUGAUCCAAGCCACAACACGACUGUCCACUUGGGAAUGGCUUUGAACAAAGUUAAUGUGGAUGACCAUGCUCAGACAUUAUCUAUCAACGCCUGGUCUAUCAUGUCAUGGCGUGACGAACAUCUCCGAUGGGAUCCAAAGGAAUAUAUGAACAUUGACCGAAUGCAUUUUGAUGAGCAGGAUAUAUGGGUGCCAGAUAUCAAGGUGUUCAAUACAGACGAAUCCUCCGAUGUCCACCCCUUCGGCGAAGUCCCAAUACUCGUUGACAAUGACGGCAGGACGUACUGGUUCCCCCCUACGCACAUCCGGGUUCCUUGUGACCUCGACCUGUCCUCAUGGCCUAGCGAUGAGCAUGAGUGUGUCAUCAGGAUGGGGUCCUGGACACAUCGUGGGGAACAGCUUGACACGCAGCUCUUGGAGCAUAAUGGGACAGCUGUUUCCCUUGACGUGUACGAGAAGAACAAUCGUUGGGAGUUGGUGAAGGUAGAAGGCAAGAGGCAAGAGAUAACACUAAGUGACGAGGACACUUAUUACGAAAUUGAUUUCCACUUCACUCUGAAGAGAAGAGCUCGUACCCAGGCCAUUUACAUCACACAGUCCACUCUGGCCAUGGUUGUGGUAGUGCUGGCGUCAUAUUGCCUGCCUCUCCGUCUCUAUUACACCCGGAUCGUUAUGCACCUGAUUUCUCUUGCCGUCCUGAUUGGCUGUUUCUUCACCCUCUUUGCUACGCUGCCAGCCAAUGGGGGCCCGGUCCCACUUAUAGUGCGCUAUUAUUCUGGCACAAUCGUCCUCACAAGCAUCUCCCUCUUGUCAACAAUCUUGCUCACGACGCAGGCCUGUUGUUUCUCCUCCUCUUCUUAUUCUUCGUCUUCCAAGAGACUGGUAGGAAUUGUGGCUUCCACACCUGGCCUCAGGAAUGUCAUCCAUGGGAAUUACAACCAUCUCGAUUCAGAGCUGGGUGAAGAGCUGGAGGAGACUCGGGCUCAGCCUACGACGCCUCAGCAGUCCAACACAGCGACAGACGACAGCCAGAGUAGUGUCACAGCACACACCAUUCGCAAGAUCAUCAAUUUCCUUCUGUUCUUGCUCUUCACGAUAGCCUUCUGCGUGGACUACACGGUGUUGCGCAGUGUAGCAUAAUUCGGAAAACUGGGGAAGGAACAUGGGAUUGGGAUGAGAGACAGACAGAUACUAAGAAGAGUGGGGCAGGGUACGGGAAGGGAGGUACAGAGAGCGAGUGUCUGAAUAUUUAUAUA